GCCGCUCUCCCUGCGCUGAUGGCGGACGAGGAGGUGGAGGAUCCGGCUUCUGUUCACAAUGUGGCGGGGUCGGGGGGCAAGUCCGGAGACAAGAUGUUCACGUUGAAGAAGUGGAACGCCGUGGCCAUGUGGAGCUGGGACGUGGAGUGCGAUACCUGCGCCAUCUGCAGGGUGCAGGUGAUGGAUGCUUGUCUCCGGUGUCAAGCUGAAAACAAACAAGAGGAUUGUGUUGUGGUUUGGGGAGAAUGCAACCACUCCUUCCACAACUGCUGCAUGUCACUGUGGGUGAAACAGAACAAUCGCUGCCCUCUUUGUCAGCAGGACUGGGUGGUGCAGAGAAUAGGAAAAUAGUGCUGCUCUCAUUCACCACCAACUUUAUGGGUGCCAGGUUGAUGUGUUUGAUAUGGCAGAGUUGUGUUUGCUGUUAUAAAGGGAACAUUCUAAGAGUAGCCCCUCCUUCCCCUCAGCCAUUUUACACAAAGAUGAUCUGCCUGUGUUAAAUAAAUCAUAUGCCAUUGGGUAUGACCUGUGUAUAUUUAUUAAAAAGUUGGAGAGUAUUAAAUGUCUUCUGGCAUUUUGUUUCUUACCUGGGUGUCACUCAGAUUGUUACAUUUGUAUGGAUAUUGGAUAGUUUCUUCACUAAAAUGUAGCAUUUGAUUCUUCAAAUUGGAAAUGGUUAAUGCGAUUCAACGGAGCCAUCAUGAAACAUUGAUAAUCCAUGUACUAGUUCCCAUUCUGCCUGCAGGAAGUUCCCUUGGUGGGUAAAUAUUGCACUACCCUGGCUUUACUCUUGAGGAAAAGGUAGUUUCAAGAUUACAAAUCUUCCUUGAUCCCCUUUGUGCACCGGUUCCCAUCCAGAUCCCCAGAUUAAUAGGUAGAAAUCUGGAAAGCCCCUCAGCCAGAGACGGGCCAGUGCGGGAAGUGCCAGAAAGAAGAGAAUGGGCCGGUGGGGAGAGAUGGAAAAGGAGAGAGAGAUAAUUUGAAAAAAUGGUUACAAGAAAUUGGAUUUCAAGUAAAAUUUUAUUCAUGGAUCAAAGAUUUUAGUCAUGUACUGUAUACGGUAUGUCCAAACCUCUACAGCAUGUUCUAAGUAAUUAAAUAGUUCACAAACUUGUAAUUGCUGAAUUGAAGAAUAGUGCCUGAUUCUGAGAUCUAUAUUCCCUUCCUUGAGUUGGAUGCUAGAGACAAGAUAAAUAAAAGUGUUAAAAGGACCAGGGGUAGGCACUACAUGCCUUGAAGCCUGUGUGCCCAUUUAUAGGAUUGCAGUGAUCCUGCUGUACUCCCAGAUCCAUUUCGUGUUUGUAGAGAUCAGUGGAUCCGUGCAUGCUCACUAUAUCCAUUAAACAUACCGAUUUCACACACCAUUUACACCAGCUCUUGUAAUAUACAUUCCCGCAGAAGGCAAUAAAGAUGCUGUCAGCGAUUUCUUAUUUCAGAUUUCCAGCAUCCACAGUAUUUUACAUUAACGUUUAACACUGCCACUUCUUCUUCUCUGAUGCCAUCUUGAAGUUUUGCUUCUUUCCUCUCAAGUCUCUUUAAUCUUUACAACCAAAUUCUGCCUUGCACCUCCCAUUUUAAACAAAACUAUGUUGAAAUUAAUAAAGAAUGUAUUAGCAGCAAUGAUCAUAACACCUUAUUGACUUAACACUUUCUCAUGUGCUUUUUAGAUAACAAAUAUCUCUUCCCUGCAUUCCUAAAACAUUGGUUAGGCAGCACUUGGAGAAUUGUGUGCAGUUGUGACCACCACACUAUAGGAAGGAUCUGGUUGCACUGAAGUGUAGGGAUUCACUUGGACGUUGCUUGGAUUGGAGGACUGUCAUCCUGCAGAGUGAGUAGAUAGGCUGGGUUUUCCCCGGAGCAAAGCAGGCUGAGGGCUGACCUGAUAGAGGUAUGUAAAAUUAUAGGAGGCAUAGAUAGGGAUACCACGAACAAAAAGGCUUAGGUUUACAGUGAGAGGAAGGAGUUUUAAAGGGGAGUUGAAGUGAAUUUUUUUUUAUAUACAGAGAGUGGUUGAUAUCUGGAACGUGCUGCCAGAGGAGGUGGUGGAGUCAGAUACAAUCAGUACAUUUAAGAGACAUUUAGACAGGCACUUCGAUAAACAAGGGUUAGAAGGAUAUGAACCUAAUGUAGACAACUGGGAUUAGUGUAGGCAGGCAAAAUAGUCAGUGUGGACAUGGUGGGCUAAAGGGCCUGUCUCUGUGCAGUAAAACUCUAUGACUUUAUGCAUAAUAGGUGAUAUUUAAUGUAUUACCAAAAUGGGCAAUGAUGAACCCUGGUUUGAACAGGAAGAGUAACAACCGUGGUUUGCUGCUUUUAAAAAUGUUUUAUCCACACACUGCAACAGCAGUGAGCAGUCAACACCUCAACCUCAGCAGCCUCCUUUUUGUAGGUAAGGCAGCAUUGUAUGUCCUCCAGCAGUAUUUCUGCACCUGGCACUUGCCCAAUUCCAUGGAACUCUUGCCUUUUUCCUCCUCUGAUUGUUGUUAAAAACUACAUUGACCAAUUUUUUAAUGUAGCUUAAUACCCCCUUGUGGCUCAUUCACCAGUUUUGUUUAAUAAUACUCUUGUGAAGUCUAUAGGAUGUUUUGCUACAUUAAAGGGACAUACAAAUAGAAGUUACUGAUGUUUUUGCAAAUGCUAAUUUAUCUGCUGUGAACUCCUGGAGUUAACUCUUAAAGGCAUUUAUCUCCCGUUCAAAUGUGUGUACAAAUCCUAGUUGACUAUUAAAGUCAAACAUCAUGUCA